AAGUUCAGUCGGGAUAAAGAAAAAUGUUUUCCACAAAUUUCUUCAUACUUGAACCCACCAUUGGAUAGCUUCUAAUAAUCAAACACUACAUCAUCUCAAGUAGGUGCAUGUUGCUCUGAGAAUCGUUUAGACUUAGACUCGUCCGUCCGUCCUUAAAACUCUCCUAUCCAUCUUAUUUUAUGAUGAUCCAUUUUAACCACUAUACAGAGGCCCAAGUCUGAGACGAUGCUUCCGGUUCCGACACUUCAUUUUGAAUUAAAAUCUGGCAGCUAGGAGCUCAAUCAGUGACCACUUUUCUUCCGCUCAAUAUUAAAAUAAAGUGUCAGAUGUUCCGAUCUUGACCCGAGCCCCACUAGGGUGAGACCUUACUUACCUUUGUUACCGUGUUUAAGUCCGUAUCUCCUUAUUCUCGUCAUAGUGGCUUGUAUACCUAAAUAACCUACUUACAGUGACACGAGCGUUGGAUACAGCGUCGCGCGAGCUGGCACCCGAGCUGGAUCAUUUCGUGGCAUUUUCAUCUGUGACCAGCGGGCGUGGCCUUGCGGGGCAGAGCAACUACGGUCUCGCUAACAGCGCCAUGGAGCGACUUUGUGAGCAGCGGCGCGAAGACGGCCUCCCUGGGCUUGCGGUUCAAUGGGGGGCUGUGGGUGACGUAGGGUUUUAACCACCAUGCCGCAUAUCCUGGAGGUUGGCGGCACAGUGCCGCAGCGUAUCGUCUCGUGUCUACAGACACUGGAUACCCUGUUGAGGUUGCCGCACGCUGUGGUAUCGUCCAUGGUGCUGGCUGAUGAACUUCGCGCGCAGGAGAAACCAACGCAAGAGCUUGUUCAUGCCGUUGCCGCUAUCAUGGGAAUCAGAGACAUCAAAAAGAUUGUUGAAACGGCAACUUUAGUGGAAUUGGGGAUGGACUCCCUGAUGGGCACGGAGAUUAAACAGACGUUAGAGCGAAACCACGGCAUACUGGUCAGCGUUCAACAAGUCCGCACGUUUACCUUUGCCAAGCUUCGCGUUAUGGCCGACGACGAGUCACCAGCAUCCUUUGACAGUCUAAACCCGACUAAGCAUAACUCGUUAGAGUUAUGCUCUAUAGAGCUUAUGCCCAAGCAAGUUCUCGUCAAAUUACCGUCGCAGCCAGGCAUUAGUUCAAAUGACAGGAUUGUAUUUAUGGUACAUCCAAUCGAAGGCUCAAUAAACAUCCUUCGCCGCUUAGCAGCCAACGUACGUGGCACAGUAUACGGACUACAAUGCGCUACAUCAGCUCCAUUAGAUGACAUAGCCACUCUCGCGAGCUUCUACUUAAAGCACGUACGCGCCACGCAGCCACAGCCUCCAUAUUUGCUUCUUGGCUACUCUUUCGGCGCGAGCGUAGCCUUCGAGAUGGCUUUACAACUAGAAAGGGAUGGGUGCGCUACUCGACUGGUACUGGUCGAUGGCUCGCCUGCUUUCGUCAACGCGCACGCUACUAAUGUCAUAAUGAAGCGAUCGGUGUUGCUGCAAUCUGAUGAUGCCGAUAUGCUUGCUUAUAUGGCAAAAGUAUGUUACGGACUGGAUUCGACUGAAGUAACCAACGAGUUAUCACAUCUCCCUAACGGUGACGCGCGUGUUGACCGCUUAACAGACAUCAUCACUUCUCACGGCGUGCACACAGACAAAGACACAAUACGUAACGCGGCGACCAGCAUACACCGUAGACUCACCAUCGGCUGCCUUUACAAACCUACUUCAUCUCUCCGUUCACCAGUCACACUAUUUAAAGCGGUAGACUACAAGUUGUUUGGAGAAGACUAUGGGUUAAAUGAUUUAUGCGUGGAGCUAGAUGUAAGGAAAUUGGAAGGCACGCAUAAUAGAAUUCUGGCCGCCGACUCUGGUUCCGCUAUCGCGGAUCAUGUGUCUGAACUUCUGGCACAAUGUUAA